AAAGGCCUUUGUCGCUGAACAUAAAUAUGUUACUUAAACGAAACCAACUGCCAUCAAAACUCUUAAUCAACACAUCAAAAUCAGAAAAUUAACUCCGCAAUGCCUCAAGUAAUUCUUCCAAAGACUCUGGCCGGGAAGCCUGUAGGCCCCGUAGGCUAUGGCAUGAUGCUCCUCACCCUGCUCGGCGGUAUUCCUUAUGAAGAGUGCGUCAAGCCGAUGAAGGCAGCCCUGGAGAAUGGCGCCAACCUCUGGAACGCUGGCACUUUCUAUGGUCCGCCGGACGCCAACUCCCUUCAACUCCUGAGUUACUACUUUGAAAGAUAUCCCGAGGAUGCCGACAAGGUCGUACUCAGCAUUAAAGGAGCAUACGAUGCGUCCAAGAAUGUGCCAGCCACUCGUCCUGAGCAGAUCCGGGCCUCCGUUGACGAGUGCCUGGCUAUUCUUGGCGGCAGAAAGUCCAUCGACAUAUUUGAAGCCGCGCGCACCGACCCCAACGUUCCCGUUGAGUCGAAUGUCAACACCUUCUUGGAGCUCAUCAAGGAGGGCAAGAUCGGGUCGUACGGCCUCAGCGAGGUCAACGCCCAGACAAUCCGGCGCGCCCACGCGGUGAGCCCGCCCGCCGCAGUCGAGGUCGAGUUCAGCAUGUUCUCGCGGGAUGCGCUCGAGAAGGGCGGCGUCUACGACACAUGCGCCGAGCUCGGCAUUCCCAUCAUCGGCUACAGCCCGCUGGACCGUGGCUGGCUGACGGGCCAGCUCAAGACACUUGACGACAUCAAGGAGGGCGACUUCCGCAAGUUCUACCCGCGCUUCCAGCCCGGCAACUUCGAGCAGAAUGUCAAGCUGGCUGAGUUCGUCGAGCAGAUUGCCAAGAAGAAGGGCUGCACCAGCGCCCAGGUCGCCAUCGCAUGGGUGCAGCAGCAGGGCGUGAUAGCCAUUCCAGGCUCCUCCAAGGUUUCCCGUGUCGUGGAGAACACCACCCCCGUCAAGCUUACCGAAGCCGAGACUGCGGAGCUUCAGCAGGCUAUUGAUAAAGUAAAGAUCUCUGGCCAUCGGUACCCGGAGCCUUUCCACGCUUACCUGAACCAGUAGAAGCCCAGAAGUUAGCUGAACUUACAGGACCUGUUCGAUACUGAUAACGGUUGUCAUCUCUCCCAUAGAGUUAGUUGAAAAGUUCAAUUUCAUCUUGCUUUGUUCAUAAGUUAUCAGCUACACCGUCACAUGUGCGAAUCUGAGGGCGCUCAAACAGUCCGUUUAUGAUUCGCUGUGAUGCAUCAGCGACAAGUACGAAGUGAAAAUGUAUGGAAUUCUUGCCUCUACAGCUCACAAAUGCUCGUGUUGAUCUCACACCUUAGCUCAGUAUUGUCUGUCACGAGUUUUCAGAUUACCGAGGAAACGCUGCGAAAUCGCCCGAUGGACGAUAUCCGCGCUGUACUAAUCUUAUAAUUACAUCAAUGACAUUCUUUUCCC